AAACAGAACUUGAUCAAGUAGUCCAAUUGUAUGAUCAUUAAUUGACUCUUUAUUGUCAAACGAUACAUAAGCUCGUGCUGUGAAAUCCAUAAACGCAACAGUACCCUCUCCCUUCUUGCCUCCUCCAUCUAUAAAUACAUGAUCUUGCAAAGCUUUGGAGAUGUAGCAAUCCAUUGCGAGCAAUAACAUGUUUAGAAACUCAAAAAAACCUUCAGCUCUCAGUUCUCACGUUCAAAAACUUUCCAAGUUCACCAUCUCUGACAAGUGCGGCAAUUGUGACUGCGCUGACAAGAGCCAGUGGGUGAAGAAGGGAAACACCUUGGUCAAUGAGACUGAGAAGAGCCACAUCAGCACUGUUGUCGUUGAGACUCCAGCUGAAAAUGAUGGCAAGUGCAAGUGCGGAGGCUGCAGCCGCACAAACUGCACAUGUGGUGCUCAUUAAGCAAACAUAAAAUAAUAAUGUUGCAGUUCAUGGCGAUAUAAUGGCCUAAAAAACAAUGAA